CAUUUUCAUUAAGUGCUAUGCUGCAAUAAUACUGCCUUGGAAUGUAAUAUUGUAUUGGAAAACAUGUUUGGCAAAUGUUUGAUGUCUACAACCAAUACUUCAUGCUGUCGAGUAAAGUUAAAGAUGCUAUCGUCAACACGCGAUCAUAUAUAGUGCACUGUUCGCAAUGAAUGGAAUUAUAUAAAUUUAAUAGUGAACAGAGAUUAACUAGUUAAAAUUUAUAAUUCUGAAUAUGUAAAUGUGAUAUGGAUAAUAUUUCAAUAGAAUGAUACUACAAAAUAAAUUUGAAUUAUAAUCUAAAAAUGAUGAUGAGGACGACUUUCGUAGUUACGUGACAAUCAUGCAUGUAGUUAUUUCUAAACUUUAAAAAUGUAAACUUAAAACUGCAAGUAAGUCCAUGUCUUUUAACAAAUAGAAUGAUUUAUCAUUCCACAUAAAAAUAUAAAAUAUGUACGUGGUGUUACGAAAGUAAGAAUCAUUCAGUUAUGCAACUCAGGAACAAUGAUACAACGUUCGAACGGAUUGCAAAUACAUGUGAUUCAGAUGAAAUUGCACGGAUUUUACGAGUUCAAUCAACGCAUUUUACAACAUACUUUGUAAUAACUGUAUCUCUCAUUGCAAUUUUUUAUAAGACCAAACAUAUCGUAUGUACAAUAAGAAGGAAUUAUGCAAAAUUAACAAUCAUUGUCGUUGGGGCCGGACCUAUAGGUUUGACCUCUGCACUGAUUUCCCUCCACUGUAACCGGGUGCGAAAACUUGUUGUAUAUGAAGAACAAAGCAGGCUAAACAUAGAAAGGCAAUCAUAUCAAAUUGCUGUGCAAUCAUCACAAGUGUCUAUGUUAAGGAGUUAUGGUGUUGAUUUCGACAAUUUGGAAGGACUAUGGCACGAUGGUUGUUUCUAUACACGAGUUGGAAUUUAUCUGGAAUUCGUUCUACACGUUUUGCCACUAUUUAAAACAGACGUUGAAAUCAACUUCGGAACAAAGUUUACUAAAGACACAAGAUAUAUUGUAGACAAUAUGUCCGGUCGUAAGUUGGUAAUUUGUUGUGAUGGUUCUACAGGGAUAGCAUCUAAAAUUUUAGGACUUAGUGAUGAAACCGUCACGUAUUCGACUGGAAUUUUCGCAGCUGCUGCCGCUAUUGACCGAAGAAAUCAGACCUCAGUGCCAAUACCCGAAAAACGUGUGCACAAUCUGUCUUUUGAUCUUUCUGCAUACGGGACGUCUGCAUAUGAAUGUAAUGAACGAACAAAAUUUACAUUAAAGCUUUACGGUAAUUCACAGUGCAGACAUAUGGCCUUAGCAGUAAAUAGAUGUGACACGAGUGUUGUAAGAACGUUGAAAUCUGUAUUAGAUAAAUCGAUGAUGAGGAAUAUAUUUCUAAAAUGUUAUAACACAUACAAGCGGUCAAAAGAAACAAGUAUCAGUGACUCGUAUUGCCUUAACAACAUGAAGUUCAGUCCGAGAUUGUACGAGAUCAAGUUAUCACAGAAACUUGAAACUGCUGCCUAUAUAACAGACUGUGAUUUAUUCAUUAUUACUGAAGGAGAGGCGGCAAGAUCAUAUAACUUUAAUACAGGUUUGGACAUCAACAUGGGCCUUAAAGGUUUGGCAUCGCUUCCACAGUUUAUACAAAGCAUCGUUAUAGCUGACACAGAACAUUCCAUUGUAAAAUCUCUUGUUUCAAAAAUUGAACAUUCGGAAGGACUAAGCAGGGAAUUUUUAACUUUUGGACUAAAACAACAUUUGUUUACGUGACAUUUUAAUGUUUUUUACAUUGAUGAAAACGUUCUAAAUAUACAUGUGAUCAGACUUACCAUUCGUAUGGCUUUCCUUAUAUGUAUGAGGAGGGACAUGAUUUAAUUUACCAAAAAUGUGCUAAGAUUAUAUUUGUUUUAAUUAAGAACGGAAUUUCAGGGACUGAUUCAAUUGUUUUUCAAAAUUUCAAUCCGAACUAUCUUGUCUUUGUGUAGUUAAUUGAAGUGUACUUUCUUAUAUAAUUUACCAUUGGCCAAUAUUUGUUGCACUCUUUAAAUGUUUACUGUGAUGAUUUAAUUCAUUUUUGAAAUUGUGGUAAAUGUGUUGUGUUGCUGAUUGAUAAAACAUGUUAUGCAGUUGUUUAAACUGUUUAAAUAAAAUGGCUUUUUGUUAUGUAAAAAACUUUUACAAUACGAGACUUAACUGUUUGUGUUCUAAUACUAAGUUCAUUCUGUAAGUUUGAGGAUCUCUAAGAUGAAAAUAGUAAGGCACUGUUAAGGGUUAUCCUUUUUGAACCCUUAUGUUCCUUGAAAUUUGUGGCAUCCGCGGUUAGCUAUAUAACUUCUUAACCAUGUUUGUAACUGAAACUAGCGGCCAAAAAUUAAAAAUGGACAUUAGAAUUAGACAAACACACAUUGUUGUUUACAUCUUUUUACUUCUUUUUUCUUUCAAUUAAUACAGUUUAUAAUAUUUGAUAUUUUGAACAAAUGAAGUAAAUAGGAACUGUGACACAUAUAAUAAAGAUUGUUAUACGAAACGAAGAUUUUAUGAUCACUUAUUUAACAAGCUCUUUAAAUAUGCUAUAGAAUAGUUUUCACAUUAAGAAGGAUCAUAUUAAUUGUUUUAACAAUAAUAUAAAUAAUUGUUUUGCAAAUUACAGGAGUUUUAGGAGUUUUAAGAUACACCUGGGUACAAUAUAGGUGUGACCAUAAAAUAAUCUUAUGCAAGAAAAUUUUAAAAAAGACGAUAUACAAAUAUAUUUUUUAUGAGUCUGGUAAAUUGCUGUCAUAAACAAUUAUUUCAAAAACAAUAAAGCUUUUAAAUUUUCGAAUUUUGAAUACAUAUACAAUGUAUACAGUUACACAAAUAUGUUUUAGUCUACUUCUUAAGUGUAAAGUCGUCCUUUCAAUGAAAAGAUUUGAUAAUAGUUUCUGAACCAUGUAGAGAUAAAAAUACAUGACUGUGAUGCUCAUCAUGUGCGUAUAUUGUAUCAUGAACGAACCUUAUUUUUUUAAAUAAAUCAUUAAAAGUUGUACUAUUAUAUUAUCAAAUAAUCAUUAAAUCCUCAAAGUACUUAAAGACAUUUAAUUAAGAUGUAAUAUCUAAUGAAUGGUUGAAUGGAAUUAUUAUAGAAAUGCUAUAGUGGUGUAACUUGAACACAGUAACAUUUUGAAUGGAAGGGUUUGCAAAACAAAAACAUGUACAAAACAAAAACAUAAAAAUGCUUUGAAAAGCUGUUUGGUCCUUGAGUCAUUUCAAUAAACCUUGUAAGAUUAUAAGUAAUUAUUCGUUUACUUAGAAUAAGAGUAAGUUAUGAGAGAAAGAACAUAAUGUUUAUUGAUACUUUUUGUGCAUGUAACACUAUGCUUUUCUAUUAUAUUUCCAUUAUCUAAUAACUAUCUUAGACUGUUAUUUGUAAUAAAUAAUGACAUUUAUGUAAUUAGGAAAUAUUUUAUAACUUUAUUAUAAAGAUCAGUGCUAGGCUGCAUUAGAAUGACAAAGGUGUGUUCUACUUUUGCUAGUUGUAAGGUGUUUUUAUUGUGAUCUAAUAGAUGGACUUUCUAUAUUGUUUCAUAAUAAUUAAGCACAUUCACGCUGGGAUAAUUAUUUUUUUUACAGUUAUAUAAACGUAAUCUUUAUUGACAGUAGGUUCUUUGAAAAACGUAUUGGUAAUCUCUUUUUGGAAACUUGUACUAAUUCAGAAGGUUAAAGACCUUAAAUUGACUUUAUCAGCUUUGAUUAACACAUGUUUUAUGUUUUGUACUUCUUUAUUUGAAAUUGAAACACCAUUUUGUAUGAUAUUUCUCUAAAUAGGCACAGACCGUGACAAAAAUAACAGGCACUUAAAUAACUGUAAUUCUAGCUAUUAAAAUAGAUCAUUAUCAGCACUUCAAGCCGAGGGUGUUUGUUAUAACGUGGCAAGAGAAUUAUGAAUCCUUUCCGAAUAAUUAUUAUGCUGCAAUACCAAUAGCUUUUAAUUAAACUUAAUCAUACAAAUGCAUAUUUAAUAGACGCAAAGGUUUAUGAAGAACGAAGUAUAUCAAGGAUGUAUGUAAUAAUACUGUAUUAUCUACAGACAUCACAUUUUAUUGUUUUCCGUCGCCAAAAGAUGUUCAUUAAACAAUCAUGUUCUCAUAAACAGAAUAUCUGCAAUAAUUCUGCAGAGGAAUACAUUUUUGUGAUGGAAAAUGUAUAGUGAAUAUAUAAAUAGAAACACGUGUACAAGUUGUUCGGUUGUCAGAGCUGGAAGAUUAUAUAUAC